AUGAAAGGGUUAGUAUCACUGAUCGAUGAUUCGUUUGAGAGAUUGAUGCAGAAAUUUAUUGAAGGCGUUGUCAAUACGGGUAAGUGGGGUUAUUAUUUGAACUGAACUUGUUCUAAAUUGCCUGUUUUCUGUAUUGUUGCAUUUACAUCCAGUUAAAGGCAAGUUCGUAAGUCAUGAGACUUCGAACGAAUAGAAUGCCGUCCAUGCUUCAAGUUUAAUUUUCAAUAAAAUUGUGAGAAAUCUGUUUGAUUUCAAUUUAGUUGGAGAGGAUAGAAAAUGUUUAAAUUUAGUGAAAACGCUAGCAAGGGAUACUUCCUCGUAAAAUGCGCUUAAUUUUUAAAUUAAGCGCAUUUAAAAUCUUCUCUCCCCUUACUAUUUCCUCUAUGGUUCAUAAAAAUUUUUAGCACAGGAGCGCAGGGGGCCCAAGUCGUCUGAAAAUGUUUAAGAAAUUAUAGGUUGGCAUGAGAUGAGUUUUCGUAUGUUAAGUAACCGCUUCAAUAUAAACCUUCCAUAGCGCAAAAAAAACUCUGCAUCAAAGAAAUGUAAUUUUGUCAGUCAACUUAGUUGACCCAACUCAACUUGGUGUUGGCUCUUAUCUAUCUGUUAAGUGGCUAGCUGCAGAUCAUUUUAAUAAAUACUUUCGAGCAGUCAUUUUAACGCUGGAAGUUAUACUCUCCGCGUUUGGUGUCGAAACUGGCAUUCAAAACGACAAAUAA